AUGCCGAAGCACGAGGAGCUGGCGGAGGAGGUGGAGGAGGAGAAGGUCGACCUGUCGUCGUGUGUGCUUGAGACGCCCAGGGAGCUGGCGGUGGACCUGCUGCCGUUCCAACGAGAGUCGCUGUGGUGGAUGGAGCAGCAGGAGGAGGGAGAGGUGAAAGGAGGCAUCCUCGCUGACGAGAUGGGGAUGGGUAAGACCAUCCAGACUAUCGCCCUGCUCCUGCACCGCAAGGAAAAGGCGAGAGCUUGGGCGCGGACUCAGCCGGCGGAGGGAGGAGGAGAGAGCGAUGUUGGAUCGGGAUGCAGUGGAGGAGGAGGAGGAGGAGGAGUGAAGAGGAGAGGAGGGACGCUGGUUGUCUGUCCUGUCUCUGCUAUGAGUCAGUGGCAGGCUGAGAUCACCAGCCGCACCCUCCCCAACUCGCUCUCUGUCCUCGUCUGGCAUGGAUCGGAUCGCUCGGCCCUGCCAGCUUCUGCUCUCUCCUCCUUCGACGUCGUCGUCACCUCCUUCUCCGUCCUCGAGGCUGACUGGCGCGCGUCCUGCCAUCGAGUCGCCUGCCGCUUCUGCCGCAAGCUCUUCCUCCCCCGCGUUCUUCUCCUCCACAACCGCUACUUCUGCGGCCCCUCGGCCGUUCGCACGCAGCGGCUGCAGCUGCGGGAGAGGAAGAGGCCGCGUGCCUCCUGCCUCUCCUCUUCCUCCGAAGGCGAUGUGGAGGAAGCGACGAGACAGUCGAUGCAACAGCGGCGAGUGCAGGAGGAGGAGCAGGAGGCAGGGCCGCAGGAGGAGGAGAGGAGGACCAAGGCGUCGCCUCUGCAUGAGGUCGAGUGGUACCGGGUGGUGCUGGACGAGGCGCACAGGAUCAAGAGCAGGACGACCGGAACCUCCAAGGCUGCUCACGCGCUCCCUGCUCAGCAUCGCUGGUGCCUCACGGGGACCCCCCUGCAGAACCGGCUGGGGGACCUCGUCUCCUUCCUCCGCUUCCUCCGCUGGCAGCCCUGGGCCUGCUUCUUCUGCUCGGUGAAGGAGUGCGAGUGCUGCGAGGUGCAGCCGGAGUUCGGGGAGGAGAGGAGGAGGUGCGAGAGCUGCGGACACUCGCCGCUGCGGCACUUCUCCUACUUCAACAAGUGGGUGCUCAAUCCCAUCCUCCGGUUCGGGUUCGUGGGGCAGGGGAGGAUGGCGAUGAAGCUGCUGAGGAAGGAGGUGCUGGGACGGGUCAUGCUGCGACGGACCAAGGAGGAGAGGAGGGAGGAAGUGAAGCUGAAGGGAAAGGAGGUGAAGACGAGGAUGCUGCAGUUGAGCAGGGACGAGCGAGCCUUCUACGAGAGUCUCUUCCUCGAGACCCGCGAGACCUUCGACACCUUUGUCGAGCACGGCAACCUCCUCCACAACUACGCCCACGUCUUCGAGCUCCUUGCUCGGAUGCGUCAGGCGUGCGACCAUCCUCUCCUCGCGCUCCUCUCCCGUCACUCUUCCCUCCCCGAGCAGCAGUCCUCCUCCUACUGCGACAAGUGCUUCAAGCUCUUCCUGCAGGACGAGGAGCCGGUCCGCACCAAGUGCGAGCAUAGCUUCCACAGAGCUUGCUUGACCAACAGCUCGACCAACAGCUCGACCGACAGCUCGCCACCUCCUCCUCCUCCUCACCAGCAGCAGCAGCAGCAGCAGCAGCAGCAGCAGCAGCAGCAGCAGCAGCAGCAGCCUCUUAACCUUGAGGAUGACAUGCUGCCUCUUCGCUGUCCUGCCUGCCAGGCUGCUCUCGCCCUUGACCUGCGAGUCAAUGCCAGCGGGUUUGAGAAGAGGAAGAGAGCGAAGAAGAAGUCGAUCCUUCGACAGAUCGACUUGCAAAACUUUCGUCCGAGUUCGAAGCUGAAAGCGGUGCGGGAAGAGCUCGAGGAGCUUCGCAAGGACAAGAGGAACAAGGCUGUCAUCUUCUCUCAGUUUACGCGCAUGCUCGACCUCCUCCUGCACUACUUCGCCUCCUCCUCCACCCCCCUCAAGUGCGUCAGACUCACUGGCGACAUGCCGCGAGCGGCUCGUGACCUCAACCUCAAGGCCUUCAACGAAGACCCUGAGACUGCGGCUAUUCUCAUCAGCCUGCGAGCAGGAGGAGAAGGUUUGAACCUUCAGGCAGCCAACCAUGUCUUCAUCGUGGACCCCUGGUGGAACCCCGCGGCUGAGCUUCAGGCCAUCGACCGAACUCAUCGGAUAGGACAGACGCGGCAGGUGUUCGCCACAAGGUUCAUAGUAUCCGACAGCAUCGAGGAGAGGAUAAUGGAGCUGCAGCGCAAGAAGCAGCUGAUCGUGUCGGGCACCAUCGAUGGAGAGGACUCGGCGAUGAUGCAGCUGUCGCAGGAGGACCUCGCUUUCCUCUUCACCCGAUGA